AUGUGCUCGAUCAAAUGGACGGCCAUUAACAUGGACUACGGAGGUCUGUAUGAGUCAGUAUCGGGUACUGAACUAAAUUGUCACAGGUACGAUAUUAUCGAGGACAUUGGCGAUUACAUUGUGAUACCCAUGAGUUCACUCAAUGGGCAUAAUCUGUUAAACAAUGUCUAUUGUGGACAGCGUUUAAGCGCACAAUUAUUCCCGCAGGGCUCGGGUGUGGAUGAACCGGUUGUUUCUCAAUUAAAGCCGUUUCAGUUGAUGGUGCGCUCGGACUCGUUUCCCAUUAAUCCGGAAAUUUCGACACCCGGUAUAUUAUCGCAACAAAAAGGGUUUCAAUUGCGUUACGAACAGAUACCCUGUUAAUUAAAUAUGAGAUUUGCAGAUAAGAUUGUUAUUGAAAACAUGUCAUUUAUCGUUAUGUAAAAUUUAUUGUAACAAUACUACGUAUUGACAGGUCC